CUUCUGCCCCAGACAGCAUCCAUCAUCCAGGGAUACAAAUGUUUCUUUAUCCACAUUCGAGUCUGUCACCGGAGCCGAAUUAUAAAUAUUAAACAUACAGUCUGGACGUUCGUGCGCCUUCAAUCAAACCAUGUGAUUGACACGCUGACACGGAGAGGUUCGAGCGUUUGGAAGAGAAACUCUGAAGGAACUGCACUGACUGGAACUUUGUAUCCUCACCUUUGUUUCGCGAAACUUUUUUCGUGCAUGACUUUCCGUUCUCUGCAGGACUAUCGGAAGAUUCCAGGCUCGCGAAUGGAUAUCAAAUGAUGCCCGUGGACUGUUUGGGGGUGUUAUUUCAGUGUGGUUUUGUAGGAAGAAAACCCCAAUCCACAACCCACAGGCUUCUGAUCUGAUCAUGGGAAAACUGGGAACGUCUUGUUUUUUUUAGCCUCGGCACAGUCGCGCUUGUAAGAUUUGGGGUUAAUUCGGAUUACAGCUCUCGCUGAGAGAAGAAAGUUUCGUUUUAAUCAGACUUUUGGGGUUUUAAAGUGCCAACAUGCCUCAGUUAAACGGAGGAGGAGGCGAUGACCUGGGAGCAAAUGAUGAACUUAUUUCCUUCAAAGAUGAGGGUGAGCAAGAGGAGAAAAUAUCAGAGAAUGUGUCGUCGGAGAGAGAUCUGGACGAGGUGAAAUCUUCUCUAGUGAACGAGUCCGAGAACAACAGCAGCUCAUCAGACUCCGAACAAACAGACAGGCGUCCCCGACCCAGACCAGAACUAGAAAGUUACGAGAAACAGAGAGAAUACUUUGCGGAAGCUUUGAGACGACAAGAUGGAGGAUUUUUCAAGGGACCCCCUUAUGCUGGUUAUCCGUUUCUUAUGAUCCCAGAUAUUACGAAUCCAUACCUCUCCAACGGAUCGCUAUCUCCCAGCACAAGAACGGUACGUGCCACUUCACUUUAA